AUGCAACUGGAUAUUCAAUCAUGUAGUGCAUAUCAACUUGAUAUGAUCAAUGCAAUCAUGUUGGCAGCCAAACUACCCUAUUCAUUCUCUACUCUGGCCCACGAUCCCAGUCACAUCUUUAUCAUUGCCAAUCUCUUGGUCUCUAUGGUCAAUCGGAAGCAGUUGAAUUGGUCACCAGAUAUCUUUGACCACUUUGUACUAUCAAUCAACAGUCAAGAUACAAGGGAUGAGAUCAUUAUCUACAAGGAGUUCAUGGACUUUGUGUUUAAGUAUCAUAUUGUCCAAUCGAUUCAACAACCAAUGACUACCAAUAUUCCAUAUCCAACUAUUCAAUUCAACACUGCUGUACUCUACACUGUCAAGAAUCGUAGUCAUAUCCCAUGCGCAUACCAAGUGUGUCCGUUGUUUGACCUUGGUAGCCUGUGCAAUCUAGUGGUGCCUGGAGGUGAAGCCAAACCAAUCAUGGUGGUAGAUUGUAGGAACCUGAUGAUCAAAGGUAUUCAAGGUGGAUUGAUUAUAUUGUUAAAGAAUGAUAAUCUAUUGAAAGAGUUUGGCAACAACAAGAACAAAUCAUUUUCAAUCAAAGAUCAGUCAAUCUUUAAUCAUCAUAUAGUGAUUGACAUUACAGAAUGGUUGUCAUCAUUCAAACCAACAACAGUAGAAGAUGAUAAAUGGUUAUUUGUAGGUCACAACACAUUGAAGAUACAAUUCAAUCACAGUCGUAUUCUAGGCGAUAUUGUUCAAAAGGGAUUGGACCAUCUGAGGAUUCAACGUUCUCUGUUGUUUGUACGUCAUAACAAACAAUAUACAGCAGCAUCAGCUUUGGCAAAAGGCAACAACAUGAUGAUGGAAACAGUAGAUGUAGACACUGAUAAUGUCUAUGUAUUCUGUCGAGAGAGCACUGGUGGACAACAGAAUCAAAUGGUGUCACAAGUGUCAAUGGCAUUCUCCUUUGCUCGAGAUCUCAUUCACAAGGAACCUCUUUACUUGUUCAACAUUCAGCGAUUGAACAAUGAAAAGGUAUCGAUAGACUCACUCAAUCUGGCACCAUUGGCAAUAAUGGAGAUCUCAUCAUCCUAUCUCUACUCGAUGAACGACCGUGUUCAACUUCAACAUCUACUCACCUUGAUAUCCUAUGGUGACGUUGUGAUUGUUGUACACAUUGAUCGUUUGACCAGACGAUUGGAUGAGUUUAUAUCAAUAUGGACACAGUUCAAGAAUCUCGGCAUUCGAUUGAUGGUAUUGAACAACCUGUUGGAGUUUCAAUUCACCAACAACACAAUGCACUAUCAAGGUGGACUCUACAUUGACUUUUCUUCUGAUUUCUGGUCGCCAUUCUUCAAUGGUUCACUCACUCAAUACAAUGGUGAACAGAGGAAGAAAGUGAACAUGUUUGGUAAACACUUUGAUCCAAUCAUUGGCAUUGACGCGAUUUUCAGAAUCUACUGCACUCAAAUGGAGUAUUCCAUUCAACUCUGCUAUGACCAUUCGAUCUAUACACAGAGAUAUUAUCAGAGCAAGGAUAUCAUCAAUACACCAUCAUGUAUCAACGACUUAUUCAUGCCAUUCUUUAAAGAUAUCACGGAAGGAUACAUUAUAUGUCGUACAUCUGGAAGCAUUCGAAAUGCCGAUUCUAGUUCGAUCCCCAUUCAAUCCACUGUGGCAACUAUGACCUUUCCAUCUGUCAAUAGUAAUCAGGUAUUUGAGAGUCAACCAGCAACAAUGUUCUACAAAUACCCUGAGGGACAACAGCAGACCAAAGAGCUAGAGACCUUCAUUGCUCGUACUAUAUGGCCAGACUCCAUUCUCUUCAGAGUACAUUCAAAUUUAUUGAAAGGUCGAGAACCAUGUAAGAUCAUCACAUCAUCAAUCGACCGAUUGUUUAGGGACCCUCACAUGUUCAACUAUUACUUCUCAAAGAUCAUUCCUGAUCUUUAUGAGAACAGGGUUGGCAUUGUCAUUCUUUUCCCUCCAAUGGAACUCCUCAAACAUCUGUUCAAUGACCAUGGUAUCAUCACACUUGGUAGUCAAACACACAUUGAGGAGAGUGUAUAUGAGCAAAUCUAUGCCAGCCCAGUGGUUGGAACAAUCAAUCGUAUCACUGGUCGAGACAAUUUCCCCAUCAACGAUCGAGCUAGAACACAUGCCAUCGCCAACUAUCACAAUUUUAUCAAGAGGAUCAUCGAGACUGAUAACCCACGCACUGUCCAUUUCUUCCCCAUCACCAUUACCACAGACAACCUCUCAUUCUUUCAGUCCUCUGUAUUCAAUGCAUACAUGUUCAGGACAUAUUUUCAAAUGAUGAUGUGGUCCGCACCUCCACUCAGUCUGGAUGGGACAUUGCAAAUCAGGUCGAUCAAGAGUAUUAUUAGACAGACGAACAAGGCUGGCAAAUCAACACCAAUGACAUUGGCCAACAUGAUUGACGCCAUCACAUUCAGCACCAAUCUCCACAAAGGUGAUGUAUUGUCAGCAAACAACAACACAAUGGUUGAUAGAAAGAUCAAGAAAGAUACUCUAGCUACAAGGAAUCGAUACGAGACUAUCUUCACCAACUCAUUCGAUUACGGCAGUAACAAUAGACAGACACAGACAGUCAACUGCCAAUUGUGUAAGGAGUGCAAAGAUCUAAACGCCAUUGGUAGAUAUAGCAAGUUGUUCUGUUCGCAGAAGUGUCAAGAUGAUUGGCUUCAAGGUGGGCAAGAACCUCGGAUUUUAUUCAAAUGCACCAAGGUAGAUUGUCAUCGCUUCACACUCAAGGGUAACAAACUUUGUUACCUCUGCAGGGACUUGGCAACCAAGAUUACAAAUAGUAAUAACACCAAUGGUUGGUAA